AUGGCCACUCUGCUGCGGAAAAUCGGGCUGAUCCGGCUGCACAACCGGGACACGGAGGACCCCAAGCACCAUCACCACCACCGCAGCAGCAGCCAGCAGGGCUCCUCGCUCAGGGGCAGGGGCAACCAGAAGAACAGCAGCAACAAGCCGCAGCCGCAGGGCCCCCCCGGGGGCGGCGGCGGCUGCAGCAGCAGCAGCAGCGAGGGCAGCCCCGGGGGCCACAAGAACAAGAAGGCGCCGGAGCUCGCCAAGCAGCCCCCGCAGCCGGAGCCCGGCGCCGGUAAGGAGGCGGCGCAGCGGCCCGGCCCCGGCCCCGGCCCCGGCUCCGGCUCCGGGUGCGGGUCGGGACCGGCGCCGCUGCUGCCGCUGCCCUCGGGGUCGGGGCCGCUGGCGCCCGCGGGCCGGCAGCAGCACUGCACGCAGGUGCGGACCCGGCGGCUGAUGAAGGAGCUGCAGGACAUCGCGCGGCUCAGCGACCGCUUCAUCUCGGUGGAGCUGGUGGACGAGAGCCUCUUCGACUGGAACGUGAAGCUGCACCAGGUGGACAAGGACUCGGUGCUGUGGCAGGACAUGAAGGAGACCAACACGGAGUACAUCCUGCUCAACCUCACCUUCCCCGACAACUUCCCCUUCUCGCCGCCCUUCAUGAGGGUGCUCAGCCCCCGCCUAGAGAACGGCUACGUCCUCGACGGCGGAGCCAUCUGCAUGGAGCUGCUCACCCCCCGCGGGUGGUCCAGCGCCUACACCGUGGAGGCCGUCAUGAGGCAGUUUGCAGCCAGCUUGGUCAAGGGGCAGGGCCGUAUCUGCAGAAAAGCUGGCAAAUCAAAAAAGUCGUUCAGUCGAAAGGAAGCUGAAGCAACAUUUAAGAGUUUGGUGAAGACCCAUGAAAAAUAUGGGUGGGUCACCCCGCCUGUCUCUGAUGGCUGA